UGGUAGCUCCGCGCGUUCAAAUGUCGGCGAGCAAACAAAACGUUGCGUCCCUAACCUUCUCCAGCCUCCAUCAUCAUCAUACGACGUACCAUCGUUGACUCCAACUGGCCAGUCUCAUCAAUAGUUGAAUCAACUCCAUCAAUCACAUCCAACAAAGUGGUAUUUAUGUCCUGAGGAUGGACGAAGUUGUUGAGCUGGAGGCACUGGACAAUGUGUGCAGACUUUGUCUAUCAACGGACGAGCCCAAGUCACCAAUAUUCGGCGUCCAAGGGGCAGCUGUACCAUUAGCCGAGAAGAUUCAAGACUGUCUCAGCAUUGAGGUGCUACGAGAUGAUAAACUCGGGACUUUGAUAUGUGCUAGCUGUGUCAAGAGUGUUAAUCAGUGGCACUUGUACAGAGAUUCCUGCCUCAGGUCGCAGGAGAAGCUCCAGAGAUGGGUGGAGAAGCGUGGAGAUGUUGCACCUCACAUAAAAUCGGAGCCAAUCGACCCAGACGAUGUGUCCUCCCCAGAGGAUCUCAUGAAUACCAUGGACAAUAUGGAUGACCUCCCGGAGGAUAGGUCACCUCCUCGAUCCAAACGUCGUCAUUCAUCGAGCCAUUCAUCAGAUGCGGAAUCAACCUCGGGCUCGCAGCUCCUCAUAAAUCCAAUGGCAGCAGCGGCGAAGGACCUCCUGGACUCUGCCUCAGUCGACUAUCACCACACCUCCCGUAAAAAAUUAAAACGCGGUCCCCACACUCACUUUCGCGGCAUCAAAGUAUUCAAACGUAAGUGCCCCCACUGCAUGAUCCACUUGCACUCAAAGCUAUCGUACAAUAAUCACAUGGAGCGUUAUCAUCGCCCAAAUACCCCAAAAUCCCGAAAUGGUCCCCUAUCAUUUCGCCUCCCCUCUACCGACAAAUCCUCCUCCCUCGACGAGGACGUAGAGAUGGUUGAGGACGUUGAGGACGAGCUUCUCUCGAUGGAGAAGAAUGCACCGCUGACGCCAGUCCAAGAGAACAUAAUAAGCCAAUUAAAAACCUUCUCCUGCUACUCGUGUCAGCAGGUGUUCAGCGAUCGUCGAAGUACCCUGAACCACAUACGCCAGCACAUGCCGGAUUUACGUCCUUACACGUGUAUUGCAUGCCUCACUGAAUUUCCAGAUCGUUCAAUAUACAAAUUACACUGCGGUGCGUCAUUCGAUUGUGCUAUGAAAAUAGCCCUAGUGGUGCCAAAACAUGGAACGGAAAAAUAUUUUACGUGCAACAUGUGCCUUAGACCAAUGCCAAAUCGUAAAGAACUUUUGUCCCAUUUGUCAAAGCACUCGGACAAGGCUUACGAGUCAAUUCCAACGAUUGCAAAUAAAUCCCCAAAGAAGGAUCGUACAACUAUUGCACCAGGUCCCUAUCGUCACGGUGAUCCAGCGCAUAAUCACACGUGCGAUUACUGCGGAAUGAUCUAUCGCUACAAACCCAACAUGUUGAAACACGAAGAUCUUUGCAAACGUCUACCCCCAGACGAACGCACCUCCUAUCGUUGCGCCCACUGUGGCAUGACCUUCCUAGUUUUUAAGAAAUUCCAAUCACACAUUACCCUGGAACACAAUCGCAAAGACCUCGUCUGCUACGAGUGCAACGCCAAGUUCAAACAAACGAAUGAUUACCUGGUGCAUCAUCAGCAGCACAGAAACAGUGCAGUGAGGGAGGGCUCGAAGACCGUCUGGAAGAACUACAACUCCAGUUUGACGAAGGUGACGAUGAAGUAUGGAUGUGCUGUCUGCCCCGAGGAGUUCCUUACCAAGGAGGAACUCACCCAGCACAGGCUGACCCAUUCCAAGACGAAGAGCCCGGGGGAGAAUCAUGUUGAGGUUAUUGAUCCCGAUGUGGAGGACAGCCUCAGCCAGUCGGGAUCGGAUGUCAAUGCGUCCACGUACUCAAUGCCGAUGGAGAAUAAUUCUCACGGUAGGAGCACCGAGUGCACCACCUGCGGGAAGGUAUUUGCCAACUAUCCAAAUUUACGGAGGCACAUUAGAACGACUCAUAUAAUCGAAGGUAGGUUCAGCUGUCCCAAGUGCCCGAAGACAUUUACCAGUGAGGAUUUGUGGAAUCAGCACGCGGAGAGGGCUCACCCCAAGGACGUACCUGCUGAAGUAACGCCCUACAAGUGUACCCAGUGCAAGAAGGUUUUUGAUUCGCAGGAAUUGCUGAAUCGCCAUCUCCAGGAGUCACAUGGAAUAGCUGAGGACGAUCACUUGGCCUGUGAUAUAUGUGGGAAGCGCUUCAGCAACGAGACCUCACUGAAGAUUCAUCGGGGACAUCACUUCAGACGUGAUUCUAGGCUAUCGAUAAGAUCAGUACCCCAUCCGUUAGAUCAGGUGCAGGUGGAGAUCCAGGAGGGACCGAUUGAAUUGAACCUGACUCCACGUCCGGCUAAAGCCAAGAAGUCAUUCCCAACGCCGAGUUUCAAGCAAUCAAUGUCACCGAAUACUUUGGCCUGCGCUGUAUGCGAUGACUCGUUUGCUGAUGUUGGUGAGUUGAGGAAGCACCUCUGGGAGGUUCACUGCCAGAAACACAAGUCGGAGAAGUCAUUCGUUGAAGAUCUACAGUGUGAGCUCUGUACGAAUGUCUUUCCGGAUGAAAAAUCUCUCGAGGAGCACAUGAGGUGGCACAAGGAGAAUCCGAUACUUGCGGAGGUGACGAGACCCGUCGACAUCUCCUGCGACAUAUGCGGAAAAUUUUACAGCUCGACAAAGGCCCUGUGGAAACACAAGAAGCUGCACAAGACGACGCCUGUUGCGGGCAUUAAAUUUCAAUCACUAAAGAAGACAACACCGACGUCUUUUCCCUGUCCCGUGUGUAAGAAGGCCUUCAACAAUGAGACUUCCAUGAAGAAACACAAGGCUGCUGCCCACUACGUUAGAAGAUCGUUGAACACGAUAACCAGGAAGUCUACGACACCGUCUCCCUCGAAAGUUGAUGAAGAUGGAAAACCAAAACGACCAAAAUUGGAUUUUGAUAUCAUCAGGAAGGCGUAUCAUCUUGGUGAGCCAUCUGGCAGUAGCUUUGGAACACCCACCACCACCAGCACCACAACCACCACCACCAAGAAACCCGUCACCUGCGGUAUAUGCAAGAAACUCCUGCCCAGCAUGAGCUCCCUCUACAAGCAUCGACAGAACGUCCACAAGAGCAGUAUUGGGAAACCUCUGGAGGUGGACGAGGGUGAGGUCGAUGGUGAGGGGGUACCCUGCACCGAGUGCUACAAGAUAUUCUCCAAUCCUGCCAAUAUGAAGCAACAUUACACCAAGGUACAUGGCAAUGGUGACAAACACUACUGCACAAUGGACGACUGCGAGGAAGUCUUUGAUACUUCGCUGGCGAAGCAAGCGCACGAGAAAAGUCAUAUGAAUAUCUUGUACAGCUGCAAUCUCUGCUCCAGGCACAUGUUCAAUCGAUCUGCCAUCGAUGGACAUCUUGUUAAUGAACAUGCGGACGAGGUUGAGGGGAAGAAGACUGAGCACUUCUACAGGAAAACUGAUUUGGGAAGUUAUGAAGUCAAGGGGGCUGAUGGCAGAGUCUGUCCCAUUUGCAAGAUCAAGUAUCCGAACAUCAAAGCGAUGAAGAUUCAUUAUGUCAAGAUUCAUGAGGGAGUUAGUUAGGUUAGGCUUGGGGUGGAUGAAACUAGGCUAGACCUGGACGGAUUAGGGUAGGGCGCGUCGGGGACGAGGGGAAUGAAUCCUGAAAUUCUGAGGUUAAUUACACAGACAUUGUACAGUACAUAACCUAUAAGUAAAUCAUCAUUUUGUAUUAUUCAUUAGGAACAUUUUUGACGCGAUACCUCUCAGGAUCGUUCGAGAUUUGCCGUAGAAUUUUCAAUUUUUAGGCUUUUUCGGUUCUUAUAGGUUAGGUUUGUUUAUUUUUAGUUUUUUUUUUUGAGAUUAGGGGAGGUUAGAACUUCAUCAUGGCUUCCGAUUUUUUUUCUCUUCUUCUUCGACAGGGAGGUGUCGCUUUAGUCGAUAGGGAUAGUGUAAGAUAAUUUUUUUUUUGUGUAACGAUGGAAAUAAGUGCAUAAUAAAUGCAAAACAUGUUUAUUAAAAUUUGGAAAUUCAUUACCUGUGUCAUUCUGCGUAGGAUCUUGCGUAGAUACAUUCUGGCAUUGGGGAGAUUGCGAAUUAUUUGAAUGACAAGAAAUUGCACAUUUUGACCGAGUUUGUGCCGAACUACAGACAAGAUCCUGAUUUACCGUCAGUCCAUUAUGAUAUGAAUCACGAAUUGAAAUUUUUUUUUAUUUCACGGAGACAAAAUGGAUUUUAUUGUGUGGAAUGGAGUCGGAAAUGUUUCCGUCGAUGUUCUAUCGAUUAGAAAAAAAAAAACGAUUUAUUUUGCUCCAGUGGAAGGCGACUACAGCGAUCGACGUUGAAGUGAUCGAGAAAAUCUGCGAUUUAUCUUUGAAAAUGAGAUUGAAAUUUUCUCCCGAACCCCUGGGCCAAAAUGGAUAAUUUUUUUUUUAUUGUGUAAAUUUCCUGAUCCAUUGAAUGGGGUCACUUUUGACCCCUCGCUCUGCAUCGUUGACCGAAAAAUUGAGUGUUUUAAUUUUAUUUGUAAUAAAAAAAAAAUUGAAAGUAUUUUUUUCCUUAUUCCACUUUAUAAAUUAAUAAAAAAAAUUAUUAUCACUGA